GCGACUCGGUCAACAUUCUGCCCACCUCACCCAACGGUCCGUUUGACUCAUAUUCUGGACGGGAUCAGCUCACAUCGCCAAAGGCCAGGCCGCCGGCAACGCCGUCUCCCUCCUCCGUGCCAGCGCGGUGAGCUCGAACCAACCAAGCAUGCUGAUAUUGCAAGAGACGUGCGCCGACGCGUCGGGCGCGAUGGUGGUAUACGCGCCGGUGGACGUGCCGGUGAUGCAUCUGGUCAUGAACGGCGGUGACUCGGCCUACGUGGCGUUGCUGCCUUCGGGGUUAGCCAUCCUCCCGGACGGCGGGGAGGGCUCUCUUCUCACUGUUGGAUUCCAAAUCCUCGUAAACAACCAGCCGACGGCGAAGCUGACGGUGGAGUCGGUGGAGACCGUCAACAGCCUCAUCUCCUGCACGGUUCAAAAAAUCAAAGCCGUAGUGUUCCACUACGGGAACUAAUUACAAAGCACCCAUCGAUGUAUCGAUCGUAUAUAUAGAAAAGCACGAAUCA